GCCCACUGCUCUCUGCUUGUCUGAGUCGCUGACGAAGCGAUAGGUUCCUUGAGACGAUAAUACUGAGGUCUGCAACAGCGGCCUCAAGUCAUGGAAAUAGCUAAAGGUCACAGAACACUUGGAUCUGUUGGACAGACGACCAUGGGAAAUGCAGCCGGCAACAUGGACGCACCCCUGGGGAAGGAAGCCAAGGUGUCAGCCUCCCCGGGCUCCACUGGCACCCUGAAACCAUCUGCAGGACCCAAGCUCCCUAUGCCACCUGAAGAGGAGCUGGAGGAGCGCUUCAAUGCAGUGCUGAGCACUAUGAAUCUUCCUCCGGACAAAGUGAAGAUCUUGAGUCAGUACGACAAUGACAAGAAGUGGGAUCUGGUCUGUGACCAGGAGCGGUUUCAAGUGAAGAAUCCUCCAUCUGCUUACUUGGAGAAACUGAAAAGUUUUCUCGACCAUGGAGGGGUCAGCCGAAAGUUUAAGAGACGUGUACAGGAAUCCACUCAGGUGCUGAGAGAGCUUGAGAUCUCCCUGAGGACAAACCAUAUUGGCUGGGCUCAGGAGUUCCUUAGCGAGGAGAACCAAGGUUUGGAUGUUCUUGUGGAUUACUUGUCCUUCGCUCAGUGUGCCGUCAUGUAUGACACGGACAGUUUCGACAGCAGCACGCUGCCCACAGAAAAAGGCAAACCUGUAGAAAAGACAGUAGAGGAUCUGAACAGGAGUGCCAGCAAUUCACCUACCCACAGUGUCACAAAGGGCAGCAAAGCUUUCACAGCCAGAAAAGCCCCAAAGAACCCACGGUUCGUCGGCCAAAGAGACGAUGUUCACCUCUGCAUCAUGUGCUUACGCGCCAUCAUGAACUAUCAGACUGGCUUCAACCUGGUAAUGAUCCACCCCUGCUGUGUCAAUGAGAUCACACUUAGCCUCAACAACAGAAAUCCAAGAACAAAGGCGCUGGUGCUGGAGCUGCUCGCAGCCGUGUGUCUUGUGAGAGGAGGACACGACAUCAUCCUCUCUGCCUUUGACAACUUCAAAGAGGUUUGUGGUGAGAAAAGUCGUUUUGAGAAGCUCAUGGAGUAUUUCUGCAAUGAAGACAGCAACAUUGACUUCAUGGUGGCAUGUAUGCAAUUCAUCAACAUUGUGGUCCAUUCAGUUGAGAACAUGAACUUCAGGGUCCAUCUUCAGUUUGAAUUCACUCGCCAUGGUUUGGAUGGGUACCUUGAGCACAACUUGAGGUUCACGGAGAGUGAUCGACUGCUGGUGCAGAUCCAGGCCUAUCUGGACAACGUGUUUGACGUAGGGGCAUUGCUGGAGGAUGCAGAGACCAAAAAUGCCUUGCUGGAGCACAUGGAAGAACUGCAGGAACACAAUGGCCAGCUAAGCACCAGACUUCAGGUGGCUGAGAGGGAGGCCGUGGAGAAAGUUUCAGAGUUGGAGAAGAAGCUCAUUCAGACCACAAAGGAGGUGGAGCUGUUAAAGGGGAGUCUCCGAGAAUCUUGCUCCCAAGUGGCUGCACUCCAGCAGCGGGAGCGAGAGAGAGAGAUGGAGCGUGAGAGGGAGAGGGAGCGAGAGAGGGACAGGGAUCGUUCGGCCGAGGCGCUGAAGGAGCUGGAGGUCAAAGUUCAAGGUCUGGUGGACCAGGGGCUCGUCCGAAUGGAGCGCUCCUCCUCCGGACACCUGGACAUUCAGGUGGUUCCCGUCAUCCAGCACAUGCCACAGACAGACUCAGUCAAUGCCCCUGAGGACCCACCCACCUCUGCAGAAACCCCGCCAGCCGCUCCAGCUGCCAUCGGGCCAGCUCCAACACCUCCACCACCCCCUCCUCCUCCUCCUCCUCCUCCUCCUCCUCCCCCCCCAGGCUCUGGUGGCCUAGCACCUCCUCCACCUCCAAUACUGCCUGUGCCGGGGGGAGUUGUUCCACCCCCACCACCACCUCUGGGAGGUAAAUACCAUCCCAACCAUGUGGCUAUUGUUGCUCCGUCCUUUCUUUCAGGUUGCAGAAACAAAAAGCCAAUUCAGACCAAGUACCGCAUGCCUCUGUUCAACUGGCAGGCUCUCAAAUCCAACCAGGUCACAGGGACCAUCUUCAGUGAUCUGGAUGAUGAGCAUUUGUUAGGGGAGUUAAACAUGGAUGCCUUUGAGGAGCAGUUCAAGACCAAGGCCCAGACUUCCCCAGUAGACCCCGGUGCUCUCAAGAUGAAAGUGGCCCAUAGGACUCCAAGUAGGGUGUCGCUACUGGAGGCCAACAGGGCCAAAAACCUGGCCAUCACCCUGCGCAAGGGAGGAAUGUCUGCGUCUGAUAUUUGCACUGCCAUAGAGACAUAUAACCAGGAAGCUCUGAGCCUGGACUUCCUAGAGCUCCUGGAGCGCUUCAUUCCCUCAGAUUAUGAACUCAAGCUGAUUCACAACUACGAAUGCGAAGGGAAGUCCCUGGACGAGCUCAGCGAGGAGGACCACUUCAUGGUGCACUUCGGCAAAAUCUCACGGCUGGGCCAGCGCAUCAGCACCCUCACCUUCAUGGGCAAUUUCCCUGAGAUCGUCCAGCUAAUACAGCCUCAACUCAAUGCAAUCAUUGCUGCCUCGAUGUCAAUCAAGUCAUCAAACAAGCUGAAGAAGAUCCUUGAGAUCAUCUUAGCAUUUGGAAACUACAUGAACAGCAGCAAGCGAGGGGCAGCCUACGGCUUCCGUCUGCAGAGCUUAGACUUGCUGUUGGACACCAAAUCUACAGACCGCAAACAGACCUUACUGCACUUCAUUGUCAGCAUCAUCCAGGAGAAGUACCCCGAGCUCCAGUCCUUCCACACAGACUUACACUUCAUGGACAAGGCUGCUCUGGUGUCUCUUAAUAGCAUCCUGCAGGAUGUGCGGGCUCUGGAGAAGGGAAUGGAGGUGACCAGGAAGGAGUUCACCAUAGAGGAAGAUAACCCUGUGCUGCAGCAGUUUCUCAACAGCAACAAUGAACUGUUGGACUCGCUAGUAGUGGAUGGGAAAACCGCACAGGGUGCAUAUGACUCAGCUGUGGAGUACUUUGGAGAAAAUCCUAAAACCACCACACCAUCCAUGUUCUUUCCCAUCUUUGUCAGAUUCAUCAAGGCAUACAAGCAAGCUGAGCAUCAGAAUGAACAGAGGAGAAAACAAGAUCUCCCAAACAGUGACACACCAUCAACUCCUCCUAAGCCUGAAGUGAUGGGAAUUAAGGCUCCCGUGAUGCCCAGGCUGCCCCAGAUGGAUCUGAUAGCAGAACUGAAGAGGAGACAGGUGACCCCUCUGGUCAGGGAGGGCAAGGACGGGGCUAUCGAGGACAUCAUUACAGAUCUACGCAACCAGCCUUACAGACGAACAGAAGGCGGCAGGCGAAGCGCCAAGUGGAAACCAGGACAGCAGCUCCAAGUCUCCUCGGACAUCUCCCUCUAAAACACUCCAGAACGGACUGAACAAACACUGUAUUCACACAUGCACAAAAGAGGUGAAUUUUAACUCAAAGUGGUACAGAUGCCGACUUAAUAUCACUCAUUCAAAAAAUGCAAAUGAGACUCAUGGAAAGCAGACACUGCCCUGCUAGGAUAGCAACAAUUAUAUUUUCUGUCUCUGUGCAGCCUUCACAAUGAAAUACCUUAUUGAGUGGAUUCCCUUUUCUCCACACAACCAAAUUCAGUCUGACCAUAAUUUGCCAAACAGAACACCUCCCAACAGUUUUUACACACUAAGCUGUUGGGAGAAGGCACAGUGGCCCAGUGGUUAGCGCUGUUGCCUCACAGUAAGAGGAUCCUGGGUUCGAGCCCUGGGGUAGUCCAGCCUCGGGGUCGUCCCCGGUCGUCCUCUCUGUGGAGUUUGUAUGUUCUCCCCGUGUCUUGUGUCGGUUUCCUCCGGGUGCUCCGGUUUC